CCGGGGAGAGUGAGGGAGAGGAAGUGAGAGGAGAUAGAGAGAGGCAGACAGGAAAAGAAGAGAGGAAAAUAGCUCGAACUGAAAAGCAUGUGGCGAGUAUAUAAGGAAACACGAACACUGUAACGCAGAACGUGAUGAGAAGAAUAGGAGGGAAAUAAAGAACAGGAUUGACAGGACGCAAAAACAAAUAAAUUAUAACCCUGACCCACAUGAAAACAAUAUCGCCUGAGAGCUAGAAACGAAGAAAGAUAAUCAACGCAUACAAAAGGCAGGAAGCUCAAGGAGUAAAGACCUAUGAAGCGGUACAGAGGGUCAGAGAGGAGGAAGAAGAAGGCUACGGCUGGCAGUGUCUGGAGCAACGUUGCCGGAUUAUCGUACUCAGCAUCCUUUUUACCGGUUUCUGACCCAUAACUAUUGCCAAGAAACACCAAUAAUUAACCAUUUUAACGAUAACGCUAUAUAAAACCAGUUAAAAGGAUGGAGGAGACAGUUUGAGGGUUGGAAAUGUGUAAAUAUAAGAACCGGACCACGACCAUUUGCCAACGUUGUUCUGGACGCCGCCGCCGCCGCUUUGAACGUUAGGCGCGGAAGGGGGUUUAUUUCUGCCGUUUUUUUCUGUGUUAGAGAAUCAGUUUGGCGGCAGUGCUCAGGAAUUGGCUCUUACAGUACCCGCGGCAGCAUGGAUGACUUUGCACCGCUUCGGACGCUGCCAAACAAUGUGGGCGGCACCCAGGAAAAUGCCCCUAAAAAGAAAGGCAAAACCACGGUGGAGUCCGUCUACCAAAAGAAGACUCAGCUGGAGCACAUUCUACUCCGUCCUGACACCUACAUCGGUUCUGUGGAGUUUGUGACAGAACUGAUGUGGGUCUAUGACAGGGAACAAGAGAAGAUAGUGCAGAAAGAAAUUGCCUAUGUGCCUGGCCUCUACAAGAUCUUUGAUGAAAUCUUGGUGAAUGCUGCUGACAACAAACAGAGAGAUCCUAAAAUGGACACCAUCAAGGUUGACAUUGACUCGGAGAACAAUCAGAUAUCCAUAUACAACAAUGGUAAGGGGAUUCCUGUGGUGAUGCAUAAAGAAGAAAAGAUGUAUGUCCCCACCAUGAUCUUUGGGCACCUCCUCACCUCUUCUAACUACAAUGAUGAGGAGCAGAAGGUGACUGGCGGACGUAACGGUUAUGGUGCCAAGCUUUGCAACAUCUUCAGCAGCAAAUUCACUGUCGAAACGGCCUCUGAAGAGUACAGCUUGAAUUAUAAACAGAGCUGGGCUGAAAACAUGAGCAAGGCCAGUGAGCCAAAGGUUAAGAACUUUGGCGGGGACGAUUACACAAAGGUCACAUUUUCGCCUGACCUUAAAAAGUUCAAAAUGGAUUCUCUGGAUCAAGACAUUGUGUCUCUCAUGUCCCGGAGAGCCUAUGAUAUUGCUGCCUCCACCAGGGGCGUGAAGGUGUUCCUUAAUGGCAAGCGUGUUGCUAUUAAAAGUUUUAAGGAUUAUGUGGACCUGUACCUGAAGGAUAAGGUUGAUGAUGCCGAUAAUCCUGUGAAGCCAGUUUAUGAGAAUGUGAAUGCUAGGUGGGAGGUGGCAGUUGCCCUCUCCGAUAAGGGUUUCCAGCAGAUGUCCUUUGUUAACAGCAUCGCUACCACGAAGGGAGGACGACAUGUUGACCAUGUGACUGACUUGCUGGUAAAGAACCUGACUGAGUCUCUGAAGAAGAAAAAUAAAAGUGGUGUGCAAAUUAAGCCCUUCCAGAUUAAAAAUCACCUGUGGGUCUUUGUAAACUGUUUGAUUGUUAAUCCAACAUUUGAUUCUCAAACCAAAGAAAACAUGACCCUCCAGGCCAAGAGCUUUGGAUCGAAGUGUACUUUUUCAGAUAAGUUUACCAAUAGUGUGAUGAAGUGUGGGGUGGUGGAGGCAGUGAUGGCCUGGGCAAGGUUCAAGCAACAAGCUCAACUACAGUCCAAGUGUGCUAGCAAGAAGCACAAUAAGAUUAAAGGUAUCCCCAAGCUGGAGGAUGCCAACGAUGCAGGGACAAAGGACUCCUCCAGGUGCACGCUCAUCCUCACUGAGGGAGACUCAGCCAAGACGCUGGCUGUGGCAGGGCUCGGUGUGGUGGGCAGGGACAGGUUCGGUGUCUUCCCUCUCAGAGGUAAACUGCUUAAUGUACGUGAAGCCUCCCAUAAGCAGAUUUUGGAGAAUGCAGAAAUUAACAAUAUUAUCAAGAUUCUUGGUCUGCAGUACAAGAAGAAAUAUGAAAGUGAUGCAGACAUGAAGACUCUGCGAUAUGGCAAGCUCAUGAUCAUGACAGAUCAGGAUCAGGAUGGUUCCCACAUCAAGGGUCUGCUGAUCAACUUCAUCCACCACAACUGGCCAACCUUGCUCCACCGAGAUUUCAUGGAGGAGUUCAUCACCCCUAUUGUUAAAGCCUCCAAGGGAGGGCAUGAGAUCCCCUUCUACUCCCUGCCAGAGUUUGAGGAGUGGAAGAAGUCAAGAGACAAUUGGCACACCUACAAGAUAAAGUACUACAAAGGUUUGGGUACUUCGACCUCAAAGGAGGCGAAGGAAUACUUUGUGGACAUGAUUCGUCACCGAAUUGUUUUCAAUUACAGUGGAGCACAGGAUGACCACGCCAUUCAGAUGGCGUUCAGCAAAAAGGCUGUGGAGCAGCGCAAGGAGUGGCUGAAAGGCUGGAUGGAGGAGUGUAAGCGUCGCAAGGAGCUGGGACUGCCGGAUAUUUACCUCUACGAGAAGAACACUCGCUCUGUCUCCUACACUGACUUUGUCAACAAGGAACUCGUUCUGUUCUCCAACUUGGACAAUGAACGUUCCAUCCCCUGCUUGGUGGAUGGGCUAAAACCUGGCCAGAGAAAGGUACUGUAUACUUGCAUAAAGCGAAAUGACAAGCGUGAAGUCAAGGUGGCUCAGCUUGCUGGCUCUGUGGCUGAGCACUCUGCAUACCACCACGGUGAAGCCUCCCUCAUGUCCACCAUCAUCAACUUGGCCCAGGACUAUGUAGGCUCCAACAACAUCAAUCUGCUCCAGCCCAUCGGUCAGUUUGGAACAAGGCUGCAGGGUGGCAAGGAUUCUGCCAGUCCCAGAUACAUCUUCACGAUGCUGAGCAAGGUGGCCCGUGCCAUCUUCCACCCCCACGAUGAGCCGCUGCUGAAGUAUAACUAUGAUGACAACCAGCGCAUUGAGCCUGAGUGGUACAUCCCUAUCAUCCCCAUGGUGCUGGUGAAUGGGGCUGAUGGCAUUGGCACUGGCUGGAGCACCAAGAUCCAUAACUAUGACCCAAGGGAGAUUGUCAAGAACAUCAAGAGAAUGCUGAACGGGGAGGAGCCAGAGAAGAUGAAACCCUGGUUCAAAGGGUUUAAGGGUACCAUAGAGGAGAUGGACGCCCAGCGGUACCUGGUUCACGGUGAAGUGGCUGACAUAGGCAACAACAAGUUUGAGAUCACUGAGCUGCCAGUUCGUGUAUGGACACAAGCUUACAAGGAGGCGGUAAUGGAGCCAUUCCUUCAGGGCAGUGACAAGACCCCAGCCAUAAUCAAUGACUACAAGGAGUAUCACACUGACACAACAGUACGCUUUGUUGUUACCAUGAGUGAUGAUAAAUUCCAGAAGGCUUUGGGUGAUGGUGUGCACAAGACCUUCAAACUACAAUCUUCCAUGAGCACCUCCUGCAUGGUUCUCUUUGACCACAACGGUGUCCUUCGGAGAUAUGACUCGGUGGAAGAGAUCUUGAGGGAGUUCUUUGACCUCCGCCUUCAGUACUACACCAAGAGGAAGGCGUACCUGGUGGGGAUGCUGGAGGCUGAGACAUGCAAGCUGUCCAACCAGGCAAGAUUCAUCAUGGAAAAGUGUGACGGCACGCUGGUGAUUGAAAACAAAAAGAAAAAGGAAAUGAUUGCCGAGCUCCAGAGGAAGGGCUUUGACUCAGACCCCGUCAAGGCUUGGAAGAAACUUCAGGACCUGAAUGCUGCAUUGGAAGAAGAACAGCAGGGUGAGGACGACACUGAGGAGGAGGAGGAUUCAAAGGGACCCGACUUUGACUACCUGCUGGGCAUGCAGAUGUGGUCGCUGACUCUGGAAAGGAAGAAUGUGCUACUCAAGAACCGUGAUGACAAGAGGCAGGAGCUGAAGGUGCUGAAGGAAAAGUCUCCAGAACUACUAUGGACUACAGAUCUGGAAAAUUUCCUAGAGCUGCUGGAUGCUGUUGAGGCUGAGGAACUAGAAGGUGGAAAGAUGACAAAGAAGUCCAGAAAGAAAAAGGGAAAAGAUGAUGAUGACGAUGAUGAGGACUUCCAGGUUGGCAAAGGAUCUAAGAAGAAGCCCAAGAAGCGAGGAAGUAAUUCGGCAACAGAUGCUAAUGAAACAAAGCCCUCAGCCUUUGGAGAGAGAAUAGUGCCUCUCAUCGAUGCAGAGCUUAAAAAGAAGUUUGAGAAGGCUGCGGCUCUCAAGGAGAAGGGGAAGAAGGGCAAGAGAGAAUCAAAGGAGUCAGGUGACCCAGAUGAGUUUGAUGACCUAGUGUCCACAAUGACGGGCAAGUCUCUGUCUGCUCGGCUCGGCAACUCCCCUGAUAUGAUAUUAAAGAAAGCGAAGGCAAAGAAGGCUGGUGAUGGACUGAAGCAGACUAAGAUCAGCUUCAAGAAGAAGAGCCCAAAGAAGAAGGGUAAAGGCUCCUCAGAUGAAGACAGUGACGUCAUGAGUGAUGUGUCUGUGGAGCUCCAGCCUCGUGAACGCUCCACAUCUAGAAGGGCUGCAGCUGCAAAGGUGAAGUACACUGGAGACGAGAGCAGCAACAGCAGUAGUGGAGAGGAGGAGUUCCAUGACAAUGUUGGGGUGGAGGAGCCUGACAUGGUUGUGAGCAACAGCAUAUUAGAGGAUUCAGUGGCAGACAAAAAGGAUGCAGUGAUAGUCAGUGAUACAGAUUCUGAAUUUGAAGAGAAGCCAAAGAAGAAGCAUAAACCAGCUCCUCCCCCACCACCACCACAAGAGAAGCCAACUGCUUCGGAUCUCUUUGACUCCAUGAUGACGGGAUCCUCAUUCUCCGCAGAAGCCACCAGUAGUGGCAAUGAAUUGGCGCCCCCUAAGAAGCGAGCAGUACAAAAUGUGGACAGCAGCGACGAUGAGCCCAAACCCAAGAAAAAGUCAGGGCCAAAGAAAACUGCCACAGUCACCUUCCCUAAUGACGGUGAUGCCCCCAAGCAGAGGAAAAAGCCGGCGCCCAAGAAGAAGGCCCUUGCAAAACCUGCUGACAUGUCUGAUGAUGACGAUAUCCCGCAGCCCAAGAAAAAGCCUGGCCCCAAGAAGACAGCAGCUGCCAAAAAGAAGGCUGGCUCUGACUCUGAUGACAUGUUUGAGGACUUUUCCAGCGGUAAGAUUGCUAACAAAGAUGUAGACUUUGACCAGCCACCACCCCGGGAACGCCCAGGCCGGCAGAGGAAGGCCCCCAUUGUGUAUACUAUGAGUGAUGAUGAUUCAGAUGAAGACUAUUAGAUGGAACGUGAAGCUUCUUUCUAGGGUGAUUGAUCUUUGCCACAUGGCUGCUUGACAUCCACGGCAGUCAGUGGAUGGUCGGGGUGGGGUGGGGUGGGGGGGUGGGGGGGGGACUCUUUCUGGACACCACGCAGUGUUUUAAAGGUUUCAUACUUUUUUUAAUCCGUUUUUAUUUUUAUUUUUUUUAUUUAAUUUAUGUAUAUAUUUGAAGUGGAGUCUUGUCAUUAAAAAAGAAAUGAAGAAAUUUGGUGGACUUCCCUCAAGAGAUGUUUUUAAUUCAGCAAGUACAAAAGGCUGGUGAGAAAGUUGAGACGUAGUAAAUUGUUUCUGAUUAGAGUAUUAGUAUUUUUGUAAUCAGUGUCUUGGUGGUACAUAUGCAUAUAAAUAUAUAUACAUGGACUGCAUAGUUCAUGCAAGAAAUUUUUGCAGUAUUUUUUAAACUAGUAAUGGGUGAAAAAUACUGAACAGAACAACUUUGUAGAUACACUGCUCAGAUAAUGGUCUUAUUUAUUUUGUCAUUAUUUUUUACAAUAUUUUUAUAAUUUAUUUUUAAUGACAGGGCACAAACUAUACGUACCUUCGUUUCUCAUUCAAAUUUAGGACGUCAUGAAGUGAUCUUAUUUUUGCAAUAUAGUACAUAAUCAUACAGGUGGAUAUAUGUUUUCAUUUGUAGUUGUGUCACUUUGUCGGUGAAGAUAGUAUUAUAAGAUAUUUUAUGUAACUCUUGAUACUAUUGAAGCAACAGUAGUGUCGGAACCUUGAUAUUUCUGCUGUCUGUUUUUAAAAAUAAAGUAGUAUACUUACAA